AUGGUGGUUCGUCAGGGAAAAGCCGGUGAAGAUUUCUUCACUACCGAGGGAACCACAAAGGUGUUACAAAAACCACCCAAAUCCAUGGAACCGUUUAAAGGUCGUAAAUUGCAACCCUCAGACUAUUUCGGUGAGAUCGCUUUGCCGAAUGAUCGUACUGGAGCAGCCACAGUCGUUGCGCAGGGUCCGUUGCGUUGUGUCAACCUGGACCGCAAACAAUUUCAGCGUGUGAUGGGUCCGUGCUCAAAUAUUUUGAAACGAAAUAUCGCCAGGUAA